GAGUACGCGGACGCGGAGGGAAGGCCGGCCGGGCUCUCCGCCGCGGGGGCGAGCGCGCAGGCGCCUUCCUGGAACCUGCUGCGGCGCGAAUCCCUACGUUCGGAGAGCGGCGGGGCUACUUCUUCCUAGAGAUAAAAAUCAAUAUUUAACUGGAAACGAAGCAUCAAUUAAAAUCCUCUCAAACUCCUAAUUCCAAAUAAUUGAUAAUAUUUCUCUGAUCAAGAAAAGAAGUGAUUCACUGCAUGUUAAAAGUAUUCCUGUGUUAGUAUUCCUGUAUUUUUUUCCUCUUCCUGAAUUCGAAGAAAAAAUAUGGAGAAAUGGUACUUGAUGACAGCUGCAGUCUUACUGGGACUAACAGUACGGUGGACAGUUUCUCUUCAUUCUUACUCAGGUGCUGGAAAGCCCCCUAUGUUUGGUGAUUAUGAAGCUCAGAGACACUGGCAAGAGAUUACUUUUAAUUUACCCAUCAAACAAUGGUAUUUUAACAGCAGUGAUAACAAUUUACAGUAUUGGGGAUUGGACUAUCCACCUCUUACAGCUUAUCAUAGUUUUUUAUGUGCAUAUGUGGCAAAGUUUAUAAAUCCAGACUGGAUUGCUCUCCAUACAUCACGUGGAUAUGAGAGUCAGGCACAUAAGCUCUUCAUGCGUGCAACAGUGUUAAUUGCUGAUUUGUUGAUAUACAUACCUGCAGUGGUUCUGUACUGUUGUUGUUUAAAAGAAAUCUCAACUAAGAAAAAGAUUGCUAGUGCAUUAUGCAUAUUGCUGUACCCAGGCCUUAUUCUUAUCGACUAUGGACAUUUUCAAUAUAAUUCUGUGAGUCUCGGCUUUGCUUUGUGGGGCGUUCUUGGAGUAUCUUAUGACUGGGACCUGCUAGGGUCCCUGGCAUUUUGCUUAGCUAUAAACUAUAAGCAGAUGGAACUUUACCACUCCUUGCCAUUUUUUUGUUUUUUACUUGGCAAGUGUUUUAAAAAAGGCCUCAAAGGAAAGGGGUUGGUGUUAUUAAUUAAGCUGACUUGUACUGUUGUGGCUUCCUUCGUUCUCUGCUGGCUGCCAUUCUUUACAGAAAGGGAACAAACCUUGCAAGUUCUAAGAAGACUCUUUCCAGUCGAUCGUGGGUUAUUUGAGGAUAAAGUGGCCAAUAUCUGGUGCAGCUUCAGUGUCUUUCUCAAGAUCAGGGAUAUUUUGCCACAUCACAUCCAGAUAAUGAUCAGCUUUUGUUUUACGUUUUUGAGCCUGCUUCCUGCAUGUAUAAAAUUGACACUUCACCCCUCUCCUAAAGGAUUCAGAUUUACUCUGGUUAGCUGUGCACUAUCAUUCUUUUUAUUUUCUUUCCAAGUUCAUGAAAAGUCCAUUCUUUUGGUAUCACUACCAGUCUGCUUAGUUUUAAGCGAAAUUCCUUUUAUGUCUACGUGGUUUUUACUUGUGUCAACAUUUAGUAUGCUACCUCUUCUAUUAAAAGAUGAACUCCUAAUGCCUUCAGUUGUGACAGUGAUGGCAUUUUUUAUAGCUUGUGCAACUUCCUUUUCAAUAUUUGAAAAGACUUCUGAAGAAGAAUUGCAACUGAAAUGUUUUUCCACUUCUGUUAGGAAAUAUUUUACAUGUUUUACAUUCCUUCCCAAAAUUAUACAACACUUGUUUUUUUCAGGUCCCAUCAAUUCUGUCAUAAUACAGCCGUUACGGCAUCUUUCAGGGUUCCAUUAUGUCCCACUUUCAUCAUUUUCUUAUGUCAGUAAUCACUAUGAUCCUUCUGACAAUGAUGACUGUCACACUGGAUCCUCCUCAGAAACUACCAGACUUAUUUUCUGUAUUGGUGUGUUUUGUAUCCUGCUUACAUUUCCUAUUCUUCUUGGUAUACUUUAAUAUUAUAAUCAUGUGGGAUUCCAAAAAUGGAAGAAGUCAGAAGAAAAUCAACUAGCUAUAUCCCCCAAAAAAUAUGAAAAUGUUAGUGCCACAAGGUUUUCUAAACUUUCUGCUAUAUAUAAAUAAAAGGACAAUUUUGAGAAUCAUGGAAAUAGGAAAGGAAAUGGUGAAAAGUUAUUGUUGUCUACCCAAAAUAAAUCUAUAUGGCACCAAAGCAAUGAAGGCUUUUAUUUUCUAACUACUGAGUGACAAAGACAUAUUAUAGUUUUAUUAUGUUCAGUUAUCACGUGGGGAAAUAAGAGAACGUGUCCUUAAUCCCAGUGUUUACUUAUGAAAUGUACUCUAUAAAAUUUUGUUGUCUUGAAAAAAAUCUGCAAAUACAGUGAGCUUAAUGGGAGAAUUUAGUCCCUUAUUUUUGAAGGAAAUCACUAAUUUUGGUAUUCAGAUUUAGUUUUGCUUAUAUUUUAGAAUAUUUUAGAAAUUAUAUCUCAGGGAUUAAAUUUGUGAUGAUCUUUUAAAUUACUAUGAGAAGGCAAUUUAAACUGUUUAAAGCUUGAACACGCCUUAUUACCAUGUGUAAACUUUGAAUUUUUUUAGAAAGGCAGAAAGAUUAAACUGUGUUUUUAUUUAUUUCUAAGAACUCUGAUUUAUUUGAAUGCCAUUAAACAAUGAAUUUUCCUGAAUUUAA